UUGUCAAGUUGUCAAUGACCACGUCACUUAAGUAGGAAACCAACUUUUCAGGAUUUUCCUCACAAAAAAUCGACAAAAUGAACAUUUUUAGGCUACUCGGAGACCUCUCCCAUCUCUUAGCCAUCAUUAUCCUGCUUCAGAAAAUUUGGUACACCAGGACGUGCGCAGGCAUUUCAGGCAAAUCACAAAUUCUUUUUGCACUGGUUUAUACCUCAAGAUAUUUAGAUUUGGUAUCCUCUUAUGUCUCACUGUACAACACGUCGAUGAAAGUGGUUUUUCUCGCUAGUUCCUAUGCCACCCUCUAUUUGAUUUACCUUAAGUUUAGAGCUACUUAUGAUAGGAACCAUGAUACUUUCCGCAUUGAAUUUUUGGUCUUACCAUCUAUUUUGUUUGCCCUGUUGAUUAAUCACCAAUUCAGUUUCUUGGAGGUCUUGUGGACAUUUAGUAUUUAUCUUGAAUCUGUAGCAAUUCUUCCCCAAUUAUUCUUAGUAAGCAAAACCGGAGAGGCUGAAAGUAUUACUUCCCAUUAUCUGUUUGCUUUGGGAUCCUACAGGGGGCUGUACAUCUUAAACUGGAUCUACCGGUACUGGAAUGAGGGCCACUAUGAUUUGAUUGCCAUAAUAGCCGGUAUUAUCCAGACUGUACUAUAUUGCGACUUCUUCUAUUUGUAUGUUACCAAAGUAUUAAAGGGGAAGAAGUUACAACUUCCAGCAUAAGAGGUACCUUGAGUAAGUGUUCUUUUGGCAGAAUAAUUUUGUUUUAAGUAUAAAUUGUUCAAAAAAGAUAGUAAAUAUUGUUUAAUUGGAAAUUAGUAAAAAGGUGGUCUUUGGAAUGGGAAUGAAUUAUACAAGAAGUCUGAUUAUGAUGUAAUUAACUUGUUUGGAUCCCCCAGGAUCACCACAUUAUUAUCAGCUUCAACUUAUUGUACUUUUGUAAUUAUUAUUAACAAUUAUAGAUGUUUUCUAUGUAACAAGUUAGGUAAAUAGAUUAUAGACAUUUUUCAACAUAAAUGUUCUUUAAGUUUUAUUUUUUUAAACUAAGAUUAAUUCGUGAAUAGUGUUUGAUAUCCAAAGAGUUUUGCUCCAAGUACUUAGUACUUUAACAUUAAGCUUUUUAGGUCUAAUUUUAUAAAUAUUAUUAAACCGAGCUAUACAGGAACAGUCUUUGGCAUGCCAGUUUGUUUGUUUUUUAUUUACAUUGUUUGUAAAUUAAUAAACAUCUCUCUUUAAGUAAAA